AUGGCCACAACGACCGUCCUCUACCCCGAAGGAACAAAAUUCAACAUGGAGUACUACAUGUCCUCCCACAUGCCAUUUGUCGGCAAGAAGCUCGGCCCUCACGGCCUCAAGAGCUGGAAAGUCCUCGAGUUUCCGGCCGGCUCGCCUUUCUGUGUGCAGGCAACUCUCGAGUGGGAGAGCCAGCAGAAGUUUGAGACCGCUGGUGCUUCGCCUGAGAUGAAGGAGGUUUUGGAUGAUGUGCCCAACUUCGCGGACAAGCAGCCUACCCUUAUGCCAGGUACCAUCAAGGGGACGAGCUAG